GACGUCAUAGCGUGAAAUCCAAUCACAGGCGCGGUUCUUGGGACUGACUGGUUUGUUGACAGGAAUCGUGUCAUUCGAUGCAAGGCACUUCCAGCAAGCUGAUGUAUUUCAGAUAAACCCCAAGACAUCAGAUUAGUUUACUUCGUGCAGGCGUACACACUCAAAGUAUGCGUUUUAAUAGCGAGCUAGAGCAAAGAUGCAAUGGCGGUCGUUGGUAGUCGGUGUGGUCGUCGUGAGACUGUCUGUCAGCUUGUGGCUCGCCUUUGGACUUGGAGCGUACGUUAGCUUGGGCACCAGCCAUUCCGACGGAGCCGGCACGGAGGAGCCCUCGACCGGGGAGAAGAAAUGCGGCGACUCGUGGUCCAAGCAGAUAAGCGGUAACAAACAUGAGGAGACCACCGGGACUUGCGCCAAGUUGGCGGAGGAGUCUCCGAAGAGGUCCUACCUGAGCUUCUUCGACGGCAAUAAGGACGAUUACGUCCGCAGAUACAGCUCCUUCCCGGGCACGCUGAGAGCCACCAUGAAGGAGAAGGCCAGAGAAAUGUUCUACUUUGGUUAUGACAACUACAUGAAGUAUGCGUUCCCCAAAGACGAGCUCAACCCAAUUGACUGCGAGGGCAGGGGCCCUGACGUACACAAUCCUUCCAACAUCAACAUCAAUGACGUCCUGGGAAACUACUCGCUAACACUUAUUGACGCUUUAGACACCCUACUGGUGCUUGGAAAUGUCACGGAGUUCCGGCGGGCCGUCGAGCUGGUUAUCGACACUGUGUCAUUUGACAAGGAUUCAACGGUGCAAGUGUUUGAGGCCAACAUCAGGAUAUUAGGCAGCCUCAUCUCAGCUCACAUUCUGCUCACGGACUCCAAGCAUCCAUUCGGAAGGGUGAGCUUCGAGGGCUACGACAACCAGCUGCUGCAUUUGGCGCACGACCUGGCCGUGCGCUUGCUGCCUGCCUUUGAGAACACCAGCACAGGCAUCCCGCACCCCAGGGUGAAUCUGAAAAGGGGAGUCCCGUACGGCAGUAUUAACGAGACGUGUACCGCAGGAGCUGGAUCUCUGCUGGUGGAGUUUGGAAUCCUGAGCCGCUUGACCGGAGAUUCCACGUUUGAGUCUGUGGCUCGACGAGCGGUCAGAGCCCUCUGGAAGCUGCGGAACAGUGAAACUGGUCUUCUAGGCAAUAUCGUCAACAUCCAAACGGGUCACUGGGUGGGCAAACAGAGCGGUCUGGGCGCCGGCAUGGACUCCUUCUACGAGUAUCUGCUCAAGUCAUACAUCCUGUUUGGCGAGAAGGAGGACUACGCCAUGUUCCAAGCCGCUUACGCUAGCAUCCAGAACCACUUGAGGCGAGGGCGAGAAUCGUGCAACGAAGGAGAAGGCGACCCUCCCAUCUACGUCAAUGUGAACAUGAUGAGCGGCGAGAUCAUGAACACGUGGAUAGAUUCCCUGCAGGCCUUUUUCCCCGGACUGCAGGUGCUAAAUGGUGAUGUAGAAAACGCCAUUUGCCUCCACGCCUUCUACUAUGCCAUCUGGAAACGCUUUGGGGCGUUACCAGAGAGGUACAACUGGCAGCGGCAGGCUCCCGAUGUUCUCUUUUACCCGCUCAGACCUGAGUUGGUGGAGUCCACCUAUCUGCUCUACCAGGCGACCAAAAAUCCUUUUUACUUGCAUGUUGGAAUGGACAUUCUCCAGAGCCUUGAAACAAAUACCAAAGUCAGAUGCGGCUAUGCCACCCUCCAUCACGUUGUACACAAAUCCAAAGAAGAUCGCAUGGAGAGUUUCUUCCUCAGCGAGACCUGCAAAUACCUUUAUCUGCUAUUUGACGAGGACAACCCGCUUCACAAAUCGGGCAAUAAGUACAUCUUCACCACCGAGGGUCACGUGAUGCCCGUCGACAAGCGCUUUCGGGAGAAAAGGUGGAACGGCAAGUGUGCGCGUGAAGACGACACGGCGUUGCAGACGACGAUAACUGAGCAGCCCUCCCGGAACAGCAGCAAUUGCAUCCGGAUCCCCGACGCACGUCGAUACACGCUUCCUCUGAAGAGCGUCUACAUGAGGCAGAUUGAUCAAAUGGUAGGGCUGCUCUGAGUCUGCUCGGAGGCACUAUGACUACCACGUGAACAGCGAGGUUUCCGCUGGACCGUGACUUCGAUUUUUUUUCCGUAGGUGAGAACUGUCAGCCAAUUUGGAGUGGUUGCGUUUAUUGGGAUAUUAAAAAAAGCACCUCUUCUAACACAUUAUGAAGCAUUCAGUGACUGUUCGUACAUUACCACAAGGGCUUUACCCCGCCUUCUUAAAUCGUGCCUGCUUAUUUUGUUGACGAUAUUUUGUUGCUUUUUCAUUACUCUGGUGUAAUAAUGUAUAGAUAUCUACAUUUUGACCACUGUUUUAAGUGCCUACAGUCAUUUUUGUGUUAUUCUGUACAAGGACCCCUGCAAUGUGCAGAUGUUUACAACUACUAAUUCAAGUCAUAGGUUUUUAUGUGAACAUUUUCUUGCUUUUUUUCCCUAAUUUAUCAGGAGUAUUGUAAUUGUUUCAUACCUGCUACAAUUGUCUCAGGGUAAGUAUAAACAAAAAUGAACAAUCUCAUCAAAUAAUGUCUUAGUUAUUGCUUCUAAGGCCAUAAGGUAUUCUUAUUUUUUUUAAGUGGCACAUUUUUGUGUCCAUUUGCUGAUUAAACUUGCUGCACAGAAAUCGGA